UUAUCGUAUUCGAAUAAUCUUCAAAUUUUUAUUUCAUUUCAUAAUGCCAAGUAUUGUUGAAAUAAGUUGCAACUUGCAGUAAUUAGCAAGCUGUUAAAGCAUCAGUUCAUUAUAUUGUAUGCUUAAUAGGAGCUCGUGUGCGUUAUUUUGAAUAAAAUGGAUGUUGAUACAGACGGAAGGACAUCGAGGUCCAGGAGCAGAUCGGUGGAGUCGAAGAUGUCGCACGACGGCUCCAAGUCCCGGUCGCGCUCCAGAUCUGGGUCCAAAUCGUCGUCUCGCUCCCGGAGCGGGUCGCGCUCGUCUCGUUCGAGAUCCGGUUCGGCACGAUCUCGCAGCGGUUCGCCUCAAGCGAUCUCUGGCGGCAGUCCGAGGAAGUCGAGGUCACGCAGUUCGUCGCGUCGCUCUCGUUCCGGGUCGGCGUCAGCUCGCUCCCGCAGCGGCUCAGCUUCAGUAAAGUCCCGCAGUGGCUCCCGCUCGCGGUCUCGCAGUCGAAGCCGCUCCGGCAGUGUCUCUCCGAGCAGAGCCCGAUCUAGAAGCUCCAACAAAUCUGUCGGUAAAAGCAGCAAGAACAAUUCACCGGCUAGGAGUGUGUCGCCCGCUAACAGGAGCGGGUCUGUUGAGAAGAUGGAUGUCGAUGCUGAAGAGAACGCGCCCUCCCGAACAGGUUCCCGUGCAAGUCGUUCCCGGUCGGUGUCCAGGUCUCGUUCCCGCUCCGGCUCCAAACACAAUUCGCCCGAAGACGCGCGAGCCAGCCGAUCCCGUUCUAGAUCCCGUUCUAAAUCUGGAUCUAGAUCACCCAUUAAGAGGUCUAAAUCCAGAUCACGAUCAAAGUCAAGGUCUCGAUCUAAAUCAGGUUCCCGUUCUAAAUCUCGAUCACGAUCCAAGUCUGGUUCCCGCUCUAAAUCUAGAUCAAGGUCAAAAUCUGGAUCAAGAUCUAAAUCUAGAUCACGAUCCAAAUCUAGGUCAAGGUCCAAGUCAGGAUCGCGCUCCAAAUCACGGUCAAAGUCACGCUCUAAGUCAGGAUCUCGCUCAAAGUCCCGGUCUCGCUCCAAGUCAAGAUCUCGUUCCAAAUCAAGAUCACGCUCUAAAUCAAGAUCUCGGUCCAAAUCAAGAUCUCGCUCCAAAUCGAGAUCAAAAUCCGCCUCCCGAGCGAAGUCAGGCUCACGAUCCAAAUCUAAAUCAGUUUCCCGAUCGCGGUCGCGGUCAAGGUCGCGCUCGAAGUCACGGUCGCGAGUCGGGUCACGCUCAGGAUCGGCAAAGUCUGUUUCUAGGUCGCGCUCGGGCUCCAGGGCCGGCUCGCAGUCUCCCGCCAGGAAGGAUGCCAAGAAACGGCGCACAGUUCGGCUCGAGUCGGAUGAUGAGGGAGAAGCGCCCGCCGCCGAGGAAGCAGCGCCUGCGGACGAGCCACCGCCGCCGGCGGACGACUCGUCGGACGAUGAAGUGGCACCCGACAGCAAAAGCGCGGAGAUGGCGGGCGGCAUGUCGGACUUCGAGAUAAUGUUGGCCCGCAAACGAGAGGAGCGUCGCGGACGGAGGCGGCGGCGCGAUAUUGACAUCAUCAACGACAAUGACGACCUGAUCGCUGGCCUGCUGCAGCGCAUGCGCCAGGCCGCUGACGAUGACCGUGAGCUCAACCGCCGCGGCCAGCCCGCCGUGCGCAAGGUGUCGCUGCUGAAGGCCGCCAUGUCGCAGCUCAUCAAGAAGGACCUGCAGCUGGCCUUCCUCGAGCACAACGCCCUCAACGUUCUGUGCGACUGGCUGGCGCCCAUGCCCAACCGCGCGCUCCCCUGCCUGCUCAUCCGGGACUCCAUCCUCAAGCUGCUCAUGGAUUUCCCGUCCAUCGACAAGUCGCUGCUGAAGCAGUCCGGCAUCGGCAAGGCGGUCAUGUACCUGUACAAGCACCCCAAGGAGACCAAGAGCAACAAGGAGCGCGCCGGCCGCUUGAUUUCCGAGUGGGCCCGCCCUAUCUUUAACCUCUCUACCGACUUCAAAGCGAUGACCCGCGAGGAACGACAGGCGCGGGACGAGGCCAUGGCAGGCGGGCGCCGGCGGGAUGAUGGACCUUCGGCCAAGCAGCCGCGGACGCUCACUGACUCGCAGCGCACGGUGCGGCCGGGUGAGCCGGGUUGGGUCGCUCGUGCACGAGUGCCGCUGCCCUCCAACAAGGACUAUGUGGUGCGGCCCAAGUCCACCUGCGAGACCGACAUGUCGCGGGUGAGCAAGAAGAAGAUGACUCGCUACGAGAAGCAGAUGAAAAAGUUCAUCGACCAGAAGCGGCUGAAGGGCGGGUCGCGACGCGCCGUCGAGAUCUCCAUCGAGGGCCGCAAGAUGGCGCUGUGAAGGACGGAACGAACUGGACUCCUACUACUAAACUGACACUAUGACAACGACAGUGUAGUAUUAGGUCUCUCAAUAGGUACUGGUGUGAUGAACGAUACGUGCCGACUAGCUGCUAUAGUGUUUGGUUCCAGUGUACCACAAAAACACAACGGAACCACCAAAGUUGUGCUGCAUUGAAAGCAACCGUCAACAUCUCAUUACAUAUUUUAUGUCAAUUAUAAACAAAAUCCCAUGAAAAAUUAUAUGAAUUUGUUUCCUGCAAAAAGUCGGCUCAUAGAUAUUAGGCUAUUUGUUUCUAUUUUAAGAUAAGACUAUCUUAUAUAUAUGUACAUAUUGUGUAGUUAAUAAUGACAUCCUUGCUAAUAUAUGAAAUUAGUAAAAAUAGGUAUAAAGCUUAAAACUCAACUUUAAAUAAAUUUCAUGAAAUAAACUUACUGAAAGAAUUACGGAAUCUCGCUCCCGGUUUGAAGAGAAAUUUCUCGCGCAUGAAAAGAACGGGCGAAUCAAACUAGAGAGACUUACUAUUGGAGUACAAUUAAAUUUAUUUCAUGAAACGGCCUUGGCGGGUUUGUCGAAUAAAUCGUAAGGUGCGCUACCAUAUAUAAAAGUCGUUUGUGAUAUUUUAACGUUUACAGAUGUUUUAUAUUACUUAGCAGGCACAAGUUUAUAAUGUCAUAAACAUAUUUUCAUAAAUUAAAUUCGUGUGCCUAUAACAUAGUAUUUCAAAUAUUUGCAAGGGAAAGGAAAUGUAACCGUCAGCUUGCUUCUCGCGUCUCUUAUAGCGGCCAUAUAUAUUGGUAUCUGUUACACUAUUGAACUCAUGCAAGCACAGUUUUAUUGAAUGGCGCCCAAUUGAUUUUUACGAUCAUCAAAUAAAAUGUUACUGAAUGGACAAAGGUAUCAGCCCUGCCAACGGCAAUAUUAAUGUAGACGGGCCUCGUUUAUAGCUCUUUCUCGCUCACAAUCAAUUGCUGCAUAUAGCCAUACACGCGGCAGCACUGCGUGCAACAAAAUCAGUGAUUAAAAAACAUCUGACUAAGUACAAAAUGUAUAGUUAAAGUGAAUCGCGGAAUGUAUACUAUAGCAACUAUCACUGUAUAUGCUGACUGUACUGUCGCACUACAAGCGGCCAUCUUGUAUCUCUCCUGUAUCCACUAGACGUAAUGUAACCUGCCAGGAUAAUAAUAUGGUGUGCCCGCUGUUCACAUGUUUGUGUGGUGUAAUGUAAAAUAGAUUAUGUGAAGAAGAGAUUGUGAUUAGUUGAGGUUUAUUAUUAAAGGACUGAAACAGUAA